AGAGGUUGGCACAAAGUGCUGCGGCUUCUCCAUACGAUAAGUCUAUCAAUUAUCAUUGUAUAUCUGCAGAACUAUGAGUUUUACUGCAUUAUUCUGAGCUUUGCUGAUGUGGCGGAGUAAUAACCAUAUGCAUCAUAUGGUUUUAUCAAUCUUGAACUUGUCCCACAUCUUGCCAUCAUUGUCAUUGGUACAUAAGCGCCUCCAUCAUUACGCAGAUUGAAGCAUAGCAAGGUUUUGUGUCCUACUUACUCACUUUGGAAAGAUUUUGAAUGGCCAUGCAAUACGGAAAAGUGCAUUUUAGUCUAGUCAUUUUAGCCAUAAGAUGCUGUUAUGCUUUCGAGCCAAGAGGAAGGGUGGUUUCGUCUGCGCCCGGCUCUUGCCUGCUUGCUCAAUAGCUCAGUUCUUUUCAGCUAAAAUUCUUACUUCUUCUUGCCCUUCCUGUUUGGUUUCACUCCGUUGCUUUCCGUGUUUCCCAUCAAUCACCCACCAAAGCAUUGUUUGUGUGUAGAUUUUGUUGCAUAUUUCUCCUCAAUGGUCGAGUAUCAUAAAGUUUUUCUCGUGAAAAUUUAAAAGACUUGUUGUGAAAAUUGCGGGCCCACUUCCGUAGCAAGCGGUGCAGUAGGAGUCAUUUCCCUUGGCCUCCAAGUAUCCCAAAGCCUAGUCAAGUAUUGUUCACAAUGCAAGAGCUUUAACAAAGAUAUUAUCACGUUCAAAUCCAAAGCAGAGACUCUAAAUGCUAUUUUACAACAGCUUGGAGAUAAGCUAAAGCCCUUUGAGCAGGAAAAAUGGACUCUGCCUACCUCUGUUAUUGAAACGAUUGAAAAAUGCGAAGCCGGGUUACGAGGUCUUGACAAGGAACUUCAAAAACAUGGUAGGAACACUAUCUCGAAUCGAAUUGCAUAUCCUUUUAUCAAGGACUCUUUGACACUUGCAAAUGCAAUGUUGGAUAGUCUACAGAACAAUCUUACGCUUGCCCUUCACAAUUUCAGCGUGUAGGUCAUCCAAAAUCAUCUAGACAAUGAAAUUCAAUUUUUUAUGCUGAACAGAGACACCUACGAGCAUGUCAUCGAAUUGUCGCAAACGACUCGCAGUACAAGACAGAAACUAUGCAGAAGCUUGAUUGCCUCACCACAAUGGUUGCGAAUAAUGACAAUACGGUAUUGUACUAGUCUCCUGUCUAAAUCGCGUGUCUGAUUGUUGCAGAAAUUACUGCUUCGUUCCUUUCAGGUGUACUUGAACAAAUAGUCUUACUACAGCAGGGAGCUUGCAUAAAGCCC